ACGUCACUGCAGUGGACGCCAUUUUGAUACAGAGCACCGUGGGUGGAUCAGAUCGGGCACAGAUACACAGCAAAAUUCAUAUUUAAACACUUUCAUUGAUUUGUCAGCAAAAGCAGAACCGCCAUGUCAUCAGAUAACCAGGACACGGAGACGCAUUCGGAGCAGAUGGACGAGACUCAGGAGUCACAGGACACAAACUCAAACCCUGUGUGGACGGAGGAGGCCAAAUUGAAAUCUAAGUAUCCUAGCUUGGGUCAAAAGCCGGGUGGCUCUGACUUUCUGAUGAAGAGACUGCAGAAAGGGCAAAAGUAUUUUGACUCGGGUGAUUACAACAUGGCCAAGGCAAAGAUGAAGAACAAACAGUUGCCUGCUGCUGCCGGUCCAGACAAGAACAUCGUUACCGGGGAUCACAUUCCAACCCCACAAGACCUUCCUCAAAGAAAAUCCUCAUUGGUUACAAGUAAACUGGCUGGUUAACAUCUCUAUAGGUUUACCCGUAUACAAAACUUCCAAAAUGUUUUCCAAAACCUCCCCAGCCCUACCAGACCAGCUUUACCCGGACUGGUUGCCUGUUAUUUGUUUAAUUUGUUUUCAUUUGGGUGUAGAGUUUGCUCUCUUUUCCCUUUCACUUUAGCAGGUCUCACCAACACAGCUUUGUUACCCUCUUCAGUGUCCCAUAUCCACCAUAUUUUUGAAUGGCGAAAUAACUGAUGUUUUUGUGCGAGACUUCGGUUUAAUAGCCGACCUGUGUCGUGGGAGCAUGCACAAAGCAUAAUUAACAUUUAUGGUAAAUAUUUACCACACCCGUGAUGUACAACCCAGUGGGAGGAUGAAUUGAAGAAGUGGCUUGAUAUAUUAUAUGAAUCAAAAUAUAUCAAAUGUUUACGUUUUAUGCAAAAUAUUAUUACAAUGCUACUUACGCAGUAGUGGGAGACAUGAACAGGUAAUUUAGGAAAUGAUUUGUUUUUACAUUUAAAACAACAAAAAUAUGCGCAAAACAUUAGAAAGUGUUAUAAACAUUAACUGAUAAGCAGUUUAUAUUGUAUAUGUAUUGUAAUUUAUGAUUGUUUUGUAAUAUAGGACAGCAGAAUAUAUACAGAUAAAUCAGCAUAUUUUUAACAGCAUAAUAUUAGUUGUUUCUGAACAAUUAUUGUGUUUAUUGUUCACUGGUUGCACAUUCAGCUCUGGAUUAUGGUCAAAACUAAUGUUUUGUAGAGAUUUACUGCGUUUGUACCAGCUAUUAUGUCAUCCCCUAACUGCACUAAUCAUGCCUGACUUUCUGAAUUCCAUAAUAAUUAUUAGCUUUAGUGGCUCACCGGACGUCUUACCCAAAAGAGCUCAAAUAUGGCGGCGCCCACAUUUACGUCAAAAAUAAGGUGGAUAGGGUAGGGAAAAACUAAACCCUCAGUACUGCAGGCCCUAGUGGAGCAUGAUGCACUUUACUCUGUGUACCCUGUACAUCAGUGAUUAAAAAGAACAAAAUCAUGUUAGAUGGUUUUAAAUGUGUCAAAAAAUUCACAACAAAUGAUUAUUUAAUUAAAAUGAUUUAAGAUUGUUUUAAAAGGCAUUGUUUUAUAUAGACAGUACUUGAGAGCCAUUGGUCCUAGAUGUGUUAGCAGCCCUCUAUUCGUUUACGGCAACAGUUGACAAAGAAUGAAUGUUUUCUAAGAAUUUCUUUGUAUUGACUCUAUACAAAUGCUCAGAUCAAUACUGGUUAAAAGCAGGUGGAUAGCUUUCUAGCCUUUUUCCAUUCCUCUGCCUCUCGCCUUUUAAUUAUCGUUCAUUUGAAGUAAAUAACAGCCCCUUUUUUCACUGAAAUCGUUUAAUAUGCCCCGCCUUAACUCAUCAAGUGAUUUCAAACAACUUGAUUACGUUUAUGUUGUAAACAUAUUGUUGUCAUUCACUGAUAACAGCCAUUAGCAUAACUAUUUGUUGCAUGCGUCAUGCAAGGGGAUUACAAAACUAAUCUAAUCAUCGCAUUUUUUGAGGCCUAAAAACCCAUUUCCACCUGCAAAAACAUUUUUUUGAACUGUUCAGGUAUGUUCAAGAUAGUUACUCUUCAAUUCUUUUGUAAGCUAUCAAUAGUGUAUACGUUAAAAGGAUUUAUGUGCGAUUAUUUUGUGACAACUACUGCUUUUGUAGUGUGAUGCACAUGAUUAUCAGAGACAAUGGAAUGCAAUCAUCUAGUUUGUUUUAUAAAAUUGAGUCUAUGUGGUUGUAUUUAAAUGAAGGCUCAGUGAGUGUAUAUAAGGGAUGCAUAACGAUUAAUCGCGAUUGAUCUAUAUCAGAAUAAAGGUUUUUGUUUACAUCAUAUAUGUGUGUAAACUGUGUAUAAUAAUUAUGUAUAUAUAAAUAUGCACACAUGCAUAUAUAAUUUUAAGUAAUAUAUUUAUAUAUUAAGUAUUUAUAUUUAUAUAUAAUAUAAAUUAUACAUAAAUAUACAAAUGUAUAUACACAUGUAAACAUUUCUUAAAUGCACACACAUCCAUGUAUAUAUUUAUCUAUACAAAGUUAUACACAGAUGAUGUAAACAAAAACUUUUAUUCUGCUAUAGAUUAAUCGCGAUUAAUCGUUAGAAAUAAGGUGUCGAUUAAAGUUUGCAGAAUGAGCAGCAUCUUUAGUGCAGUGUUUCAGAUCUGAAUAGUAAUCCAUGAAAAAAAUUACAUGAUAAAACAAAUCUUUGGAAAACAUUAUCCAUGAUUUGCUUUUAUACCUUAAAUACUUGAGUUGUUAUCAUGCAGAUUAUUAUUAUGUGAUGAAAGUGUUACAAACUUUCACAAGAUCUACUAAUAAUCACACAGAAUAUUACAUCAUAUGGUCCAGCUUUUAAAGAGUUAGUUAACUUCUUUGGAGGGUUUAAAUUGAUUUUUUUUUACAUUUUCAUUUCAAAAAUGUUUGGAGAUGGCUGUUUUAAAUAAUUGUUAACUUUGUAAUGCUUAACAGCUCAUGUAGUCCAGGAUAUAUGACGUAUUGAAGGACAAAUCUAUAAGUUAAACCGAAAAUGUUGUGCUAGAAUUCCCAAACCGGGAGAUUUUGAAACUUUGUGUGAGGCAGCAUUUGCAUAGUCCAGUGGAAAAAGUGAGCCCUUCUACAACCACAUACUCAUUUACAUGUGAGCUGAUGAUUAAGAAAAAACGUGCUUAGCCUUGUAAAAUACGAAAUAUAUAUAGAAACUCACUAAAAGGGAACUAACACGCAAAGGAUUGAAUGUGUUUAUAAAAAAGGUUGUGGUGCUGAUAGCAAUUGGCAAUACAUCAGGGAAAUAUGGUCUUGCACUUAGUAUUUGUGACUUGAUGGUAUGUGUGGAUGUACACUGUUUCCUUUAGUUUAGGGAAAGCGUUAUUGCACAAUGCUAGGAGAUAAUCUUAUUUUGUGCUGCAGCCAAAUUGUAAAUAGUUAAACUGCAUUUGGUGUCAUAUUUGUGCAUUUUGUCUUGUAUUAUCUGUUUGAGUUGUCUUUAGAAUGUUUUUUUUUUAAUGUUUAUAGUUUGUGUUUGACUCUUGUUUUCUCGCUCUAUUUUGUAAUGUAAAAUAUCGAGAAGAAUAUCAGUUCUAAUGUUAGAACCUUGUGUAAAUAGGGAGGCUAAAGAUUCUUGUAUUGUGAUAAUGUUUUUAUUGGUUUGAUUCAAUUUAGACAGCUCACAUAAAGUACAGCCUCCACCUACACUGCAAUGUGAUAUUCAUGGAAACUACAUAUUAACUUCAAACAUUAAACCUCAAAGCUCUAUGUACAUAGACACACAAAUGUAUUCAUGCAUUGUGAUGUAAAUCAUGCAUUCAUGAUUUAUAUAGUACGUCAUGAAGCAUUUAGUGUUUAAUCGUGUUCUGUUUGUUCACCCUUUCAAAUACAUGAUUAUCAGGUGUUUUGCUUAUAAAGAAAAUGUGUCAUCUGCCCCCUUUUAAAAAUAUAUUUACAUGAAAAUAUAACUGAGGCAAAGAUGGAUGUUAUAAAUGAAUGUUGGAGAAAUAUGUCUGAACCUUAAAUAAAGUUUUACAUUAACAGCAGAAGCACUGAAAGGCAACUGCGACUAUUCUAA